AUGGCGCGGGUGCCGAGGGGCAGUUGGGUGGCGAGGAGGCGGGCGCUGGACCGGCUCCGCCGCGGCAGCGCACACUCGGCGGCCAGAAGGAACCAUCCCCAGGGGUGCACGUGGAUGGGCGUGCGGGAGCGGGUGCGGGGCCGGUUCGAGCAGGCCCUACAGGCGGCGCUCGCCUACGACACCGCGCUCUUCUGCUUCUACGGCCCCCACCGCCUGCCCAGCCUGCGCAGGUUAAACUUCCCGGCCGCGCCGCGCCCCAAAAUCCCCGAGGACGUGCGUGCCACGCUCACCCGUGCCGACAUCAAGGGCAUCGCAGAGAGCCACGCCCGCUUCUUGGCCAACUUCUACGUCGGUCCGCUGCCCGCCGUCAGCCGUGCAGCAGCUUCACCACCACCACCGGCGGCGGCGGCGGCAGCAGAUGGUGCUACUGCUGUUGCCAACGACGAAGCAACCGCUGCUACUGGUGGUAGCAACGGCAACAACUGCAUGGGCUAA